AUGUAAUUUUCAAAUUUUUAUUAGAUUUACUUAAAUAUAAUAGUUGUUGGAGAAACAGGUUUAGGAAAAUCAACUUUCAUAGAUUUUUUUUUGAAAAAAUAUAAAAUUUCCUCUAUAAAAUAAAAAACAACAUAAAUUAAGAAAAAAGUUGCUUAAAAAAAAGAAGGAAAAUAAAAUUUAAUACUUAAAUUUAUUGAUACUCCUGGAUAUUAAAAGAACGAUAAUUUAUAGCAAUGGGUUCAAAACAUAUAAUCUUAUAUCAUAAAAAGGGUAUAUAAAUAUACUUUUAAUAUUUAAUUAUAAUUUUUUAAAAAAUAAAAUAAAUAAUAAUAUUUUCAUUUUUUGUUCAUUAAAUAAUUUAUUUAUUAAAAGAUACAUUGUUGUUUAUAUUUUUUAUCAGGUCCUAGAAUAAGCUAAUAAGAUAUUUAAAAUAUGAAACAGUUAGAAAAAAUAGUAAAUAUAAUACCAAUUUUAUCAAAAGGAGAUUCAUAUACAACAUCAGAGGUUAUUUAAAUUAAGAAAUCAUUAUUAAAUGAUGCAAGCAAUUAUAAACUAAAUUGGUUUAAUUAUAAAAUACAAAAAGAAUUAUUGUAAGGGCCUUUUGGAUAAUCCCCUCCAUUUCUAGUAAUAUCAUCAAUUUAAAGUAUAAAAACAAAUAAAAAUGAAACAAUAUAUGGAAGAUCAUAUCCUUGGGGAAUAUGUAAUAUAGAAAAUCCAUAGCAUUCAGACUUCAUAUUAUUAUAUCACUAUUUGAUUGGAUAUUUUACACUUGAAUUGAUAAAAAAUACUGAAAAGUUGUAUAAAAAUUAUAGGAAAACAUAAAAAUAAAAUAAAAUUGAAAAAAAAAAUUGUGAUGUUAUAACAAACUAAGUUAUUAAAUAUUGUGGUGGAAUAUUAACGUUAACAUUAAUUGGCUUAAGUUAAUAUCAAUAAUUUUAGAAGAAAUAAUGA